UGCGAGAGUCAGUGCAAUUCGCGACGCGACGCCCUUCGUUCCCACGAUCCGCACUUAAAGGUGGAUCGCAAGGGACCACGAGUGACACUGCUCGAACUGAACUCGAUUGGAUUGCUGGCAUUCACAUGUCGGAAACGUGCAACGUUUCUAGAGCUCGUUCCAGUGUACGACAAUAGGCAAGGAAGUAAAAAUAAAGGACAGAGGGAACGGAGAACUUCUUUGAGACUUUGUUCACGUGCAAAGACCGCGUUGUUCGUUGUCAGUGAAAUAUUGCAAAGAAAACGGCUAAACGUGGCGUGAGUCGUUUCACGAUAGAUCCUUGUAUGUGUUUUUAGCUGAUUUUUCAUUGACAAAUGAUUGGAGUAUUCGUGAAAUAAAUCGUAAGAAUAUAAUCCUGAUAAACGAUACGAAAUUUCUGAUCGGGUAUUAAAGGGUAUGAUCUCGCGGACAUAAGUCGAUGUUUCACCGGCGUUUCGUUCGUGAGGGAAAAUGUGUCGAGUCGUGUUCGAUAGAAAGCGUGCAUGGUCGAAGGAAUAAUAAAAAAGAAAAAAAGAUAACGUUUCACAGCGGUUAGGUUAGCCACGCUAAUUUCUUGUUCGCACCGAUCCGUCUGUUCAACGAAUUGCUCGAUACACAAACGGCGGCCGUUAGAUUUUUGUAAUCACGUGAAUCUUCGUCUGGUGUGCCACUGUAUUUUCUGUUCUGCCAGAGAGUGUUGGGAAAAUUGAAAAUUAUGCAAACAUAAUUUUCAUCGUGGCGCUCAGUUUCAUCCACGCUCACGCCAGAGGCAUACAUCGUGCGUGUAUUAUUCUGCAAAGUUCAUUGUCAUCGGAGAAAAGCACCGGCGUAGUUUAAAAAUAAAAUCGUCGAUACAGCGGAUCGGUGUGUAAAGAAAAGAAAUCGACAGUAGAGACGGAAACGUCGGUAAAGAUGAUAUUAAGGCAGAGAACUGAUUGAAACGUGGGAAAUGGCGAUUGUCGAGGCUGUUAGUGAGAUGAGUGCGACUCGUUUGAGUGCGUGGUUCGGCACUGUUCUGUUCGUGGCUACGACGCUCGUUCACUCUCAGGUCACAUGGACGCCGAUCUACGUGGGCUCUUACAGUCAAGUGGACCUUUGGACACAAACGACAAACGGCUGCGCAUGCAGUUUUAAUUCGUCCAGCAACGAGUGUGCGUGCUGCGUUCCAUCCGGAGGAUGCAGCUGCGGGGCUGCGUCGCCGGAUAGAUGCGCCCAAUGCGGCUUAGAGCAAUAUUGCGCUAACAUGUGCAACAUAACGUUGGACAGCAGACAGUUGUUCAGCAAAUCGGAUCGCGGCUUUGGGCAAAUAAAGUCGCCGUCCCUUGAAGGACCAUCAAGGUGUACCUACAGGUUUGUGCCAGACACUGGCCAACGAGUCGAGUUGCAGAUCUAUCGACUGAUCUCCAUCGGACGACAUAACGGCACAGCGUGCGAGGGUGGUUGGCUUCAACUCGAAGGUGGUGGUCGGGUUUGCGGGCCCAAUGAACGUUUCGAUCGACCUGUUGUGCUGUUCUCCGAUAGAUCAGUUCCCAUCCUUCAUAUGCAAAUAAACGAAAGCACCACGAGAUCCCAAUUCCUGGCGUAUUUCAGUUUCUCGUCCAAAGCGAGCGUAUCCGUUGGUUGGCCAGUAAAAGGCGGAGAUCCGAAGAACAACACCGAGUGCGACUGGUAUUACAAGGAUACCGAUUGCCUGGACGGAUGCGUGUUAGCGAGCCCUGGAUAUCCUGGCCUGUAUCCUCCGAACAUCCGGUGUCUCUACUCGAUUACUUCCGGCCCACGGAUGUCCAUCGCGAUUAACUUCACCGCCGUGCUUCUGCCUGAAAAGCACUGCACAAGCGACUACAUUGCCGUAUACUCGGGUUCAACAACGUCGAGUCCCCUUCUCAAGAUGCUGUGUUUCAAGAAUAAAACGUCGUUGACGUACAGUGGCCGGAAACUGCUGGUCGAGUUCAGAUCGGGUCCGGAAGUACCGCCAUUCGAUUAUAACGGCUUUGUCGCCACUCUUCAUUUCAUUGAAAUCACCACGGAAGCUCCUACCACGGUUAUCAUGGAUAGCACAGAUAGAAGCUUGGAUAUGAGCAAGUCGUUUAGUGGUGCAGGAUAUAAUACGCGCUAUAACAAUCGAGAUCUUCAGGAUCAUCGAAAAGAUCAGGGCUCAGUAUCAAACAGCUGCAAUCUGGAGGUGAAUGGUGAGAAAGUCAGAGCUGGCCACCACGAUACCAGAGGCAAACUGAAGUCCACUACGUGCAGACUCGUGCUUCAUGGACGUGCUUAUGACACUGGACACGUCUCGUUAUCCAGUUUUAAUCUCAGUGCUCCGGAUUGCCAAUCGUCGAUCGAAAUAUUCGACGGCCCUCCCGAAGGAGGGACGCUUGACACCGCGAAAUCUCUCAGGAAAAUCUGCAGCCCUAGCCAUGAGCUUCCGCCGGAAUUCGUGCAACAAGAUACGUAUGUCGAGCCGAAAAGGUACUCGUCUAAUGGCAGAGAUAUGACGGUCGUUCUGAGACGAGCCACCAAUGGUCUCACCGACGAGGAAUACAUGGACGUCUCUUAUUACUUUCACGAUGAACGCGAGGGUGGCACUCAACAGCCGGCCAGCGUGUGCGACGUCGAAUAUUACGGGCUGACGUCACCGGUGAAGGGUUCCGUGGUACAUCCGGAGCCUCACCGAUUAUUCGCCAUGGAGGGUCCCAUAAAAUGCAGGCAGCACUUCAUUCCAGCAGCUAAUCAGUCGGUCAUCAUUCGCAUCGAGAGCAGCUCGAAGCAGGGUCCGAACAACCCUUGCCAGACCAAGUGCGGAGACAGCGGCUGUCACUGUGUCAGCAACAUAACCCUGGAGAACGUGGACCAUCUUUUGCUUGUCUCUGAAACCGGUCACAUCGUCACCUGUCUCUGUGGAAAUUAUCAGGACUGGCUGCCGGUCGGUAUCCGUAGUUGGACACCAGUGUACAUCGAAUGGUCGAGGUCCUCGAAGGCAGGCCUCAAUUUCCGUGCGGCUUACGAGUUUAUCAAGGACACUUACUGCGGUUAUCACACAACGACCAAGCCGGAAGGCGAGGUCAAUGGCGGUGACCUGGCCAGCAGUGGCUUAAAGCUCAAUCAGUAUUACCAACAGAGAUGCACGUGGAUCUUAGACUCUUUGACGGAUCGACAACUCACUAUCGAAGUGAAAUCUGGUCAAAGCCGUCCUUGCACCGCCUGGAAUUUAACAAUACACGAAUACAGCAAGAACGGCGAUCCAGCUGGACUCAGAUUGCACACAUUCUGCUCGAGAAAUAUCCACAAAAAUUUCACCCUGCCAUGGAAAACGAACACCGUGGUGGUUAGAUUGCAAGCUCUAGGAAGGACAGCACCGGAAUACACGAUGAAAUGGCGCAGUCAGUUUGUAAUCGCAAACACGCACAAGAGCGAACCAUCACCCCCACCGGUACCGAAUCAUGUGCUCCGCUCCUCAACCGGAAACAGGUCACGGGAAGCGCGAAUCCUAAUUCUGUUCGCGAUACUCCUCGCCUACGCGACCGGUUGUUGAGUGGAUCAACUCGACACACCGUAUCCAUACACGUUCCUGUUCACAAUGGGAGGCAAACUACCGCGAACGAGCCUAAGAUUUUUAAUAAUGUACACCGCACACACACACACACACACAUACAUAUACGUAUACACACACACAAUAUCAUACUAACGAGGUUCGUGUUUCCUCAAAAAAAAAAAACUUCUUUCAGCUAUUCAGUUCUCUGAAAAAUAAAAUAUAAUGUAAAGUUUAAAAUAGUAAAGCGUUUAAAGAGCGGAACGAUGAUCGCGUAAAGUGAGGCGCACUUUAUGGAAAUUUGAUAAAGUUUCGUGUUAGUUUGCUGAAAUAUUACGUUCGCUAGCAUUGUGGAGAACUUGCCCGUAAAAGUUUCAGAACCACCGCGCUGGUAAUCACGGAGCACACUUUUGAUAAAAUAUUGAAAUCAAUCACCAUGAAUUUACCUCGCUUUUAUAUCGUACGAGAACUCUAUGUAUUUAUGUCGAAUAGAUCGUUUGAAAAUAAUUACCGGUUAAACGAAGUCCUUUGGACGGUAAUAUUCAGCAAUUAAUUUGUAAAAGUUUAUUAUCCGGUUUGCAACUCAGUUUUUCAUGUAGAAUGGAAAUUCGUCGUCCCGAUAUAAAUGUCGAUUAAUAAAACGCGUAAUGAAGAUUAAUUCGCAAUCGCAAUUUCACACGAGGCAAGGCCGUCGAAUAUGACUGAUCGAAGGACACGAGAAUUCCGAAACAAUUUAGUCCAAGUUUUUCAAGUAUUUUUCGAUUACCAACAUUUUAACAUAUUGAACGUGUUCGGUGCCGUCACGUGCCGGUGGAUGUUGAUAAAGUUAAAAUUUCAUCGGAUAAAUUGACACAGAUAAGGGAACGUUAUUGGCAAAGAAUGAAAGGCAUGAAAUCGAAUUUUGGAAUUUCACGCUCUAGUCGAAUUAUAUAUAUAAAAUAAAUUAAACGCGAAUCAGAAAGAGAGAAAAUAUAUAUAUACUAAAAAUCAGUCGGUGUAUACCACUCGUUUUAACUAUAAGAGUCUAAUAGAGCAUGUACAUAUUAUACAUACAUAUGCAUAUACAUACAUAAAUCUAUACAUAUAGAGGAUGAGACGUUCACGAAGAAACAUUUAAAUGCAUCCAUCGUCAUUAAUAUCAUUGACCCGUUUUUAAUUUCUUCUUUAAUUUUAUAAAUACGAGGAUUAAGUCAAUUUAUAAUUUCAUCAAUUGGCGUCAACUAUCGUAAAAUUAGAAAUUGUUUUUUCUAUUCUUUAUAUGCGCAGAUAUACUUAACGUUUCUUUCUAGACGUCACAUCCUGCGAACGCGUAUGAAUAUAAUUGUAGCGAUUUAAAGUAACGAGAUGAAACAAGGGGGGAAAAACGCGAUGCACGGAUUUGAAGUAGCAAGAAAUCACGCGUCAUCACUUUCACGCAAAUGCCAAAAUAAACGUGUAAGAAGAAGUUCUAUAUAAUUAUAGGUUCUUGUACAUACGUGGAUAGAAUAGGUAGGAUUUGUACAGAGUAUCACGAACUACGUUAAGACCUCAGCAUUAUUGUAAAUUACAAUUUACCGUAAAACACGGCGCGAGCCUGCGAACGAAGACAGAUUGUAUUUUAACGAACGAGCUUCGAGUGCCCGAGGCACAUUUCGAAUAAUUGUUAACGCGUUCGUCCGGAAGUUCAUCGAAAAUCUCUUCUUGCUUGCUUAAACAAAAGAGAAAAAAAAAAGAUAUUCGCUGAUGAAAUGAAUAAUAAAUGAAAAAAAUUUCCGAAGAAUAUUUUACGAAGAAGAAAUUAUUUUGAUUUACUUUCGGAGACGCGAUUGGUCGUUAGAUUAAGAUGGAAAUAAAGGCUAGACUGUGAAUGUUUAAUAUACGUAUCGACUAAGAAGGAAAAUAUUAAACUAAACAGGCAAACAGACUAAUUGAAUUAAAAAGAACCAUCCAACGGUGCGGAAAUGUUUCCACCGGUUUUCAUACGUUUUACAACGCCGCUGUAUUGCUACUAUUAUUUAUACAGAAUAUUAUGAGUAAUAUUCUUUGUUUCUAAAUAACAAUAUGCCGUGGUUUAUGACUGUAUAGUAUGGUGAAUUCUGUUAUUUAUUUUAUGUAGUCCUUUUAUACUCUACGAUAAUACGAGCUGUAUUAUUUCGCUGAAAAAUAAUACAGUUACCUUACCAGAGAUUUUAAUGCCUGUUAAAACUUCUGAUUAAAUCGUGACACGUAUUAGACAGUCUCGUGUUUCACGAGAUUCGUCGAAUCAUUACGAACCUUCGACAUUAUCAAUUGAUCUUACUAUUCUCAUUAACAUUUCAAGCUUUCGUUCAUUGCGUUCGAAUAAAUAUAAUUUGCACGAUUUGUCGUUUAACUUUUUUUUUUUUAAUAAAUAAUAGAGAAACGUGUGCAUUAAGAAUUCGAUAUUAAUUCUGAAAUUGUUGAGAAUUAAUUUACAUUAGCGAAUAGAAAGACUGAAUUUUAUCAGAGUGCAAUUUAUAUGUAUAUCAUUAGAAGGCUGGUAAUGAUCGAUACGACUAAUCUAUACGAAAGAUAGCAGUCUAAUAACCGCGUUGAUGCACACGCAUGUUAAGAUUUGUAUAAUAAACGAACAAGCUCGAAUAGAAUAUUCGGCAGUCUCUUUUCCGCAACCUCGUCGAAACAGAGAUGAAAGUCAGACUGUAAUUAAUCGGCGUACUAGAACGAGAAUGUCGUUAUAGGAGAAAAGAGAAGAAGAGACGCACGUUUAAUAAAUGUAAUUAAUGUCGGACAGGAAAGAGGGGCAUGUGAUUUAAGUGACUUGUGUUUGAAAUCGGUGAAUCGUUUCUCGUCGGAGAUUUCGUUUGUUCGUUCGUAAAGAAUCGUCGCUUAACGAGAAACUAAGAGAAACGAAAUUACGUGUGUACCGUUCCUUUUUAAGAUUACUCGAUCACGUCCUCACAACGAUUGUAAUGCGAUCUGUUCCUUCGAUGGAUGUACCGGUUUUGCACAAGGCACGUCUAACUUACGAAAAAAAGAUAUAUGUUACAUAUAUGUACUAGCCGCGUAUACUUAAGUCACAAUAAAUAGUCAAUUGUUUCAUAUAAAGUACGAAUAAAAUAAAACAGAAACUA